AAUUCCACUGCCACGAUGCCACAGCCAUUGCUCCCGCCGCCCUCUGUAGCGGAGAAGGAGAGAAGAGCGGGCCUUUCUCUUCCACCAGCAGCCUACGUUAGCCUUUGGAUAUUCUUCUCCAACAUCACCAUCCUUUUCAACAAAUGGCUGAUUGAUGAUGCUGGUUUUCGUGAGUUCCAAUUGCUGAACCUAUUUUAUACCAUCCUUCUCACGGUCUGGCAUAUGGUGUUUGCCAGUCUAGCAACCCAAAUUCUUGCUAGGACCACAAGUUGGCUUGAUGGCCGACACCAGGUCCAGAUGACACGGCGCUUUUACUUGCGAGCAGUCGUUCCGAUAGCCCUUCUCUACAGCGGCAGCAUGGUCUGCAGUAAUCUGGUCUACUUGUACCUCAAUGUGGUCUUCAUCCAGAUGCUCAAGGCCGCAGCACCAUUCUUCACACUUGCAGUAGCGUGGCUAUGGGGACAAGAGGACCCGACCCGCGAAAAGGUCUUCAAAGUACUGGUCAUCGUCUCCGGCGUGCUACUAGCAAGCGCUGGGGAAAUACAUUUCUCUACCAUCGGCCUCUUCUUCCAACUUGGGGGUCUGGUAUUCGAGUCACUCCGCGUGGUCAUGGUCAAGGAACUUAUGACGGAUGCCGGCGCAAAUAUGGAUCCUCUCGUCAGUUUAUACUACUAUGCUCCAAUGUGUGCAGUCACAAACAUCUUCGUCGCCUUUGGAGCCGAAUGGCCGACGUUCAAGUGGUCUGAUGUCGAAAACGCAGGCCUUGCCAUGCUGGUUCUGAACGCUUUCGUGGCAUUUUGUUUGAAUGUCUCAGGCGUCUUGCUGAUCGGCAAGACGUCUGCACUGAUACAGCAAGUUUGCGGCGUUCUCAAGAACAUCCUCCUCGUAAUCGUGUCGGUGAUCAUUUGGGGGACCGUGAUCACACCACUUCAAACACUGGGCUAUACCUUAGCCCUGAUCGGCAUGGUGUUCUAUCGAGCGACUUGGCAAGAUAUCAAGAAAGGAGCGGUCGGACUUGCUGCAACAUACAGAAACGCACCCAAAUCACGAGGUUACAACAGCAAGCAGUCAUCCGCUCUGAUUAGGAGAGUGACUGUCGCAAUAGUCAUACUGCUUUUGGUCGUGAUAAUGUUCUUUGCCUGUGUUCGGAGCGACAGGGUACAACUUCAACCAUGGUCAUUGUCAGGGACGUCUACAUCUGAGAAACCAGAACAUCCCUCUUUAAGCUGGUUGUCAAGGCUUGGUUAUGGAAGGUGACCGCAAGAAAGGAAGUUUGUUCACACUGCGGACGUCCCAUUUCUGUCUCAGGCGAGGCGGCUGUUGACCAUGUUGCGGAACCUAUUAGGCGUCUUAGCCGCUGGUAGUCCUCCUAGGGACUGUUCGCUAUCUGUGGGAUGCUUUUUGUUUAAGGCCAUUUGAUAGUCCUGAUGAUUUCGCAGAGUAGGACAGUCAGUGAAUGAGAAUAUCAUGGGUACUGCUCUGCUUCGAAAAGUUUGGGAAAAGCAUGUCUGGAUAUAACAAGAAGCCAGAGAAGAAAUGACGAAAAGAAAAAGUUAAAAAGAAAAGAAAACUUACAACUAGGCACUGAUAGUCGAAGUCGUCUACCUCAUCGAUACGCAUGACACUGGAAUCAGUAUCGCGGAUGGAGCUGCCGAGGGUUCUGAGCCGGAAACGAGAGCUCAUCGCGUGGCAAUAUGGUCGGAAGUAAACCGUUUUCUCGAGCAAAAUCAGCCUGU